AUGAGUUCUAUAGUUGCCUUUAAAACUGUAACAUCCUCCUCGCAGGAGUUCGUAGGAGGACUGUCGUGGGAGACGACGCACGAGAACCUGCAGCGCUACUUUAGCCGCUACGGCGAGGUGAUCGACUGCGUGGUGAUGAAGAACAACGAGACGGGCCGGUCGCGCGGGUUCGGCUUCGUGACGUUCGCCGAUCCGGAGAACGUGGACCGGGCGCUCGAGAACGGGCCGCACACGCUCGACGGGCGCACGAUCGAUCCGAAGCCGUGCAAUCCGCGCUCGCAGCACAAACCGAAGCGCACCGGUGGCUACCCGAAGGUGUUCCUGGGCGGGCUGCCGCCGAACAUCACCGAGACGGAUCUGCGUACCUUCUUCUGUCGCUACGGCAACGUCAUGGAGGUGGUGAUCAUGUACGAUCAGGAGAAGAAAAAGUCGCGCGGGUUCGGGUUUCUGUCGUUCGAGAACGAGGUCGCGGUCGAGCGCGCGACCAGUGACCAUUUCGUGCACAUCAGCGGCAAGCAGGUGGAGGUGAAGAAGGCGGAACCGCGCGAUGGUAACCAGAACAGUAACAAUAGCAUGAACACGGACUCGUACCAGUGGGGCUCACCGCAGGCGCCGCCGAUGGGCAACGGUCAGAUGGGCGGUCCCCCGAUUAACAUGCAGUCGAACAUGAUGCAGGGCUACCAGAGCUGGGGCGCUUCGCAGCCGCAGCAGGGCUACGGUGGAUAUGGAGCCGGUGCGGCCGGAGCUGCCAAUGCGUACCAGAGCUGGGGAGCUCCUCCGCCGCCGCAACAGUGGGGCAACUACAACGCGACCCCGCAGCAGACCCAAGGCUACGGCGGGUACGACAUGUACAACAACUCGGGCGCCUCCGGGGCCGGCGGCUACGGAUCGGGCAACUGGAACUCGUGGAACAUGCCACCGAACACGGCUGGUUCGGCGGCCGGUUCGACGGCGGACAUGUACUCGCGCCCGCAGUCGGGUCCGACGGCCGGUCCGGGCGCUUCGGCUGGUCCCACCAGCGGUGGUCCAUCGAAACCGGGCUCGGAGUACGGCGGUGGUUCGGCGGCCUACGGUGGUGGAGCGGCAGCAGCGGCGGCUGCGGCUGCGGCGGCCACUGGCUACAAUUACUAUCAAAACGAUCAGAACACGUACAACAAUCGGCCCCGCUCGGUGUACGGUGCCGGUAGCGAUGCGACCUCGCAACCACCGUACCAGGCCUUCUAGGUGACGAGUGGCGGUGGCGGCGGCGGCGGCGGUGCAUUGGCGAACAUCAUGGCCAGUGCUGCACUAACACCACCAGCAGCAGCAUCCGCAGCACAGCCGCCGCAGUCGAUCGUUUCCGGCGCCAUGGCGAAUUUCGUUGCCUGAGUUUGAGUAGCCAAAUCGGUAGCGGAUCGACAGGUGACGGAUUUUGGCCACGUGUGCGCGGAAAGAGUAAGUUCGAUAGAGGAUAAUAUCAGCGACAGAGGAAGGAGAUACGCACUGUUUGCGAACAGAGAUAGAGAGCGUUGGUAAUGGGAUUGCCCAGCGCAAAAAUGUAUUUUAUUCAUUCAUUUUUCUUUAACAAAUACAAAAAACCACACACAGACAUGAGAUGAAAUGAUGGCGCACUAAAGAAUUGCUGUGCAGAAUCGGGAUUUAGUAGCUUACCCGACGAAAACGUGAGGGAAAGUGUGUGACGGUUUGGAGAGAUCAACUCUAUAACAUAUAUAAACUAUAUAAUAAUUAAUAAUAUACCGGAGUAUAGACAUGGAAGAGGAGCGAUACGGCAUAACGACAGCAUGCACACAAGAUAGCGAACGAGGGCAUAUGCCAGCGGUGCGAACACCUGUAAGCUAAACAACAAACCAAUCUACAGUAAGAAAAGAGACAACAACGCGAUGGCGCCCGGUCGGAACGAACCUUCUUUUCCGCGUCAAACAGAACACUCGUACAAGAGAAUGUGGACAGAGUGCGGAAAAUUAACGAAACACAACCAACAAUUUGUUUGAAGCCAAAAGAUGAGCAGGAUGACGAUGGGGACCGCAGUUUUCCGAAGUUAUCUUUCGAUUUGAAACGUAGAAGCCACACUGACGCACCGACGCAUGCAGUUUACUAUUGGUUUGCUUUACGCUCCCUGUUUUCGUUUUACGAGUUUUAAUGGAGGUUGUUGUGAAAUAUUAGAUUUGAUUUUCAUUAUGUUUUUCUGUUCGUGCAGAAACUGGCCCUCUGGUUUAAACGACGUAACAAAAGGAUCAAAGAAGGCUUUCAAACCGGAACGGAAUCGGUACAAAAAUGAGCGGCGAAUGAGGUUACAAAGCGGACUUUGACAUUGGAAAAUGGAGCCCUCUUUGGGGUUCCUCGAUAGUAGUAGGCCUUCACUUUGUUGUUCCAAUGAUCGUAAACAUCAUGAUGCGAGGAUAGAGAAAAAGAUUAAGACACACAUGGGUUUACUGUUUACUAUCGGAAAAGCUUCUUCCAUCGAAUUACUUUUUGUGCUUACGGAUAUAUAUUAUGUAUAAUGUAACAAAUUUUGUACUCUGUAGCGCCCUACCCACGCCUUGUUCAGGUCUCAUGAUGCCCGCGGCCAAUCGCAAGCUUCCAGUAACGGUUAAACGCUAAACUACUGUUUGUUUUUAUUUUUCACUAGAUUUACUCUCCCUUUACGGUUUCGAAAGUUUUCUGUUUUAAGGUUUUACGCAAAACAUAUUUUACUACACGAGAUACACUUGAGUAAGUAGCGCGUGCGCAUGUUGUUGGUGCAGAGAGUUUCUGUAGCUCGGGGGUAGCACACCUAAUGUAAAAACCACCAAAUCCCGCCUCCCGGAUUAGAAGUUUAGCGUGUUUUUUUGGUAUAUGACAAUUUCAAUCAGGUUAAUAAUGGUAAUUAGAACGGUAGUUUAAUGUUGUUAAACUCUGCUCUACCCGCGAGGUUAGUUUCGUUCAUCUCCUUUUUUCGUUUUAACUAAGAAAUUUUGCAAUUUAUACUAUUACUACAUUAACGAGAACUUUUAUCGUUUGAAGUGAUAAGAAAGAGACAGAGAGAGAGAGAGAAAGAAAUAUUGAAGUGUAACGUUACAAAACGGAGCAGAUUUAGUGCGUAGUUCUAGAGCAACAGGGCAGCGACAGUCUGGAAGGAACGAUUCAUUUUAAACGGUAAAAUUUCAAGUUAUAUCGCAAUGCGUCUAGAAACAGGUUCUUCUGUUUUCAUUCUGUGUCUAUGGUAUGCUGCCAUACCAGAUAACAAACCACAUACUUUCAUGCCACGUUCUGUACAUUUUUAGCUUCCUUUUUAAUAUAUAUAUUGCUAUCACUCAAUAUAUACCGUAGAAUAUGAUAUUUUUUUUUAUCUUCUACGAAAUUUUCUUCACCACAUCGUGAACUGCCCAACUUCCGCUUGCGUAAUGGAUUCGUUCUUCACGAGAUUUGAUCAGUUUUAAUCACUAAUAAGCGCCACAACAAACAAAUUACAACUAGCGAAGGAAGGAUUAAUUGUAUUACAACACAUGAUAAUUCACUAUCAAACCCGCCUUAAUCAAACUCGAUAAGUGGUAAAUGAUAAGAGAGAGAAGAGAGGAAACUGAUAUUUUGUAUCUUUAGGAACAACCGGGGAAAAACGAGUGCAAACGCCAAGGAUUUUCGUUUUAUUUCUACGAGCUCUGUUAAGCUGAGCUCGGUACCUCUAACAUUAACUUCUACCAAACACGUCUAGGAAUCAACGCAGUCCUUCACUUACACAGACACACAUACACACACACAUGUUGUAGAGAAAGCUGUUUUAAGGAAUUACUUUUGUAAGGUUGUUGUUUAAUGUGUGUGUUUUAAAGAGUUUGUGAAAUCACUCCCGACAGAAUGCGGGAGCGCAAAAUUAGGAUUUGUUGGAAACGUUAGCUGUAUGGAGUUGCUCAUUUAUUAAAAGAUACACAUAUUAGAGAACAAAACGGUAGUGCUAACCUAGCUAGAGUAUGUACGAGUGAGGAUGGAACAGACAAUUAGGCAGAGAGAUCGCACGCGCGAGAGAGAAUAGAAAGAUUGAAUCGAUAUGUAAUACUUAAAAGAAUCAAGCCAAGUAAUUGAAAGGAGGCAGCGGAAGCUAAGGAAGUAAUACCGCGAUGUAAAGCUAGCCAAAACAAUCAGCGCCCGUUGAGUUGGUGAAACCUUAAGCAGAAAAAGAACCGUUCGUUUUUUUUAAACAACUUGUAAAGAAUGUGAAACACACAAUAGUUAAGACACAGGCCAAUCCAACAGGGCGUGAAUUUUCGCCUUGUUUUCCGGUAUCGAAUACCCCCCACAAACACACACACACAUGCCACGGGAGAAUAUUGCCUAUCCCCUAAUCUUACGAUGGGCUCGACCGGAAAAAGGAAAUAGUUAGAAAUCAAUCAUUGUUCCCCACCUUGUUGUUGUUGUUGUUCCUACUGGCGCACGGCACAUGCUCGUUUCCUUCUUGUAAAACAAUGCAUAAGACAGAUCCGUUUCUCUACACAUUUAUGUUCCUCUCUAUUCGCGCCCGUGAUCAUGUGCGUUCCGGUCUGGUUGAUUCAUUGAUCAUCUGGUUGCGUUCCGGUUUACUUUUUGUUUGUAUACUAACUUGCCUAAUGUUUAACGGUGUUGUGUGAAGCGAACUUUAAGAGAAAAGGCCCAGCAAUGGCGUUCCCACUAGAGAGACAGACAGAGACAGCAGGGCGAGAGAAAAUGGUGUUUGUGUGUGUGUGUGUGCUACCCGAGAUCCGCCAGAGGAGACAGAGAGUUAUGUUACGUUUAUUUGGCUAUAAUUUGUAUUUGCUACCUUUUUUUCUCCUCUUCCGUACGAUAAUGCGAUGAUGUGUAGUGGACAAAAAUGAAACAUGAUGCCCGUCCUUUCGUCCAUACCGUAAAUUAGAGUUGUGUUUUUAGUGGUUUACCUGGUAACCAAACCUUUUCGUUUCUUCUCUUGGCCUAGAGGGGUGCGUGUGCGUGUGCUCUGCGUUUCGGGGCUCUCAAAAACAGUUUGGCAGGGAAAGCAGAUUUUUAAGUUCAGCAUGGUACGGUAGAAACAAAUUGUACAGUAGUAAUCUGAAGAAAGAGGGUACUAUUUCAACGCCGAGUUCACCGUGGAACUCCUGAAACAGAAAGGACUGAAGAUAAAUUUAACUACUCCUUCCAACUGUGAAGGGAACUCCCGCCUGAGUUUACCAUCGUCGUUAAGUUUCGAAGUUAAGCUUACCGUAAGAGGAUCAUUUCUAAGAUCGAUGUGAUUAUAAAUAGUUUGUUUUUCGUUAGCCUUUUCUUUUCUUUUAAAUUAAAAUCAAAGAUCGAGUACUCGUACACGAAGCAAAAAUUGAAAACAAAACUUUACACUAUAAUAGAGCAGAGUAGUGUGUACUACCACCCUACGGGCGCGGAGGUAUUGAAGGCUAAUUUUUAAAGUAUAUAAAUAGAAAGCUAAAUAAUAAAAUCGGAUAAAUAGAAACCAAGUUGUUAGCACGGUAGUAGCAGGAGCAAACGUAAAAUGUUUAACUUAACAAAAAAAUAAACAAAAACGGAAACAAACAAACACACAGAGCCCAAGUUUGGCCUCUUUAAACAGUGCAUAUAAGAAAUAGAUUUAGUUUGUGCGAAGCAACGAACGGAAAGUAAGAUUAAAAGCUUAAGGGUAAA